UUUUUAUAUUGUAACCGGUGGUAGACCAGAAAUUAAUGACUAUAUACCAAAAUGCUAUGCAUCUCUAAUGGAAAGAAAUCGAAUUAAACACGCUAUCGAACAAUUUCAAAAUGCUGAUAUAAAGUUGCAGGAGGUUCAAUUAAUUUCUAAGCCUAGAAAACUACAUCAUCCAAAAGCAUAUUAUAAUAGCCGACUGCUCAAUCCUUUUGCGUUAAAUAAUCUUCGUGAACAUGAAAAAC